CGCGACGCUUUUGGCCAGCAAGUCAAUAACUGAUCCCUCUUCGCUUUGAUACCCAAUUUGUUCAGAUCAUGGUCAACCUCUGACGUGUCUCAUCAACUAGGCUCCCACUGAGUCCAAGAAGCGCUUGGCGCUUGCUAUCAUCGAUUUCUUGGGUGCCAGCUUGAAGGAUGGCACCCUCGGUGCCGAUGACGCCGAGUCCAUCGAGAUCGCUCAGUCUUGUAUCGCGGAUACCUUCAAGGUCGACCCCACUGAUGAGGCUGCUGUGAAGGAUGCUCUCGGUGGACAGUCCCUGGCCAGCAUCUACAGCGUUUAUGAGAAGCUGCGGACCAAGCCCGCCGCCGGCGGUGCUGCUAAGGAGGAGAAGCCCCAGACCGGCGCUCCCACCCCGGAAUCCGACAAGCUGAAGUCGGAAGGCAACGCUGCCAUGGCCCGUAAGGACUACGCCGGCGCGAUUGACUUGUACACCCAGGCUCUGGCCAUCGCCCCCUCCAACCCCAUCUACCUCUCCAACCGGGCUGCUGCCUAUUCCGCCGCCGGACAGCACGAGAAGGCGGUUGAGGAUGCCGAGCUUGCCACCGCUGUGGACCCUAAGUACUCCAAGGCCUGGAGCCGUCUGGGUCUGGCUCGUUUUGACCUGGCCGACUACUACGGCGCCCAGGAGGCCUACGAGAAGGGCAUCGAGGCUGAGGGCAACGGUGGCAGCGAGGCUAUGAAGCGGGGCCUGGAGACCACCAAGAGAAAGAUCGAGGAGUCGAAGCGCGGUGGAGAGGCCCCUUCUGACGCCGUCGAUGAUGCUGCUGGCGCAUCUCGUGGUGCUGGUGGUAUGCCCGAUCUCUCGUCCCUCGCUAGCAUGCUUGGAGGUGGUGGCGGCGGCCGCGGCGGCGGCAUGCCCGAUCUCAGCUCCAUCAUGAGCAACCCCAUGUUCGCCAGCAUGGCCCAGAACUUGAUGAGCAAUCCCGAUGCGCUUAACAACCUCAUGAGCAACCCCCAGCUGAGACAGAUGGCUGAAAAUUUCGGCCGCGGAGGUGGCAUGCCCGACAUGUCUUCGUUGAUGAGUGACCCAAGCAUCGCCGAAAUGGCCCGGAACAUGAUGGGUGGCGGUGCUGGACGGGGAAGCCAGUAAUGACUUGAUUCAUCCAUCGUCUGAUGCCCGUGCAAUCUUUUUUUUCCCACUUCUCAAAUAAUAUUUUCGUUAUCAUAAGCAAUUAUCUCGGCUGCAUUUAGCUUCCUUCCUGUCACCAUCUUCAAGACAUUCCUGUUCUCAUGUAGAAAAGACACAACAAGCACUUAUAAACUAAAAUAAACUA